AUGGCUGAUAUGCGUAGACGAACCGGAGCUGGAGGCUCCUCUGAUCAUGAAAGGAACGAACAAGUACUGUUUCCUAAACCAGAGACCUUAGAUUUCGACUUGCCCUGCGACACAUCUCGCCCUCAGCAGAUCAGUGACAAUGCUGCUAGUUCUUCUGGAAGUAAUCUGAAGUCAUUGUUGAUUGAUAUGGGAUUCUCCUCAACUCUUGUUCAGAAAGCAAUUGAUGAAAAUGGUGAAGAUGAUCUUGAAUCGUUGAUAGAGAUUCUUACCAAGAGUUCUCUAAUGGAACAUCCUGAACCUAGCUUUGAUGGGCUAAUGGAACCCAAACCGGAGCCUGAUAUUGAAUAUGAAGAUGGUAGAAGGAUGGCGUUGCUCACAAUGGAGUUCCCGGAAAAUCUAGUUGACUUGGCACUGGAUAGGCUUGGUAAAGACGCCCUAAUUGACGAGAUGGUGGACUUCAUUGUUGCUGCUCAAUUAGCUGAAAAGUAUGCAGAAGAAUCCGAGGACUCACUUGAUGGUACUGAAAUCAAUGAAGAAGAUGACGAUGUCGUUCCGCUUGCUGCUACGGAACCUGAGGUUCCCAAUGAAGUAUUGUUUGAGACAAUGGACAAAACUUUGCAUCUACUGGAAAUGGGUUUCUCUAGUCAUGAAGUCUCAAUGGCGAUUGAGAAGAUAGGUAGAGAAAGUCAGAUCUCUGACCUCGCUGAGUCAAUUGUUACUGGUGAAGUUCUUCGUGACUCUCCUAAUAACCAUGGAGAUGCAAAAAAGAAAGUGCCAGCGGCUCCUGAAGAGAAUCGUACAUGUCUCUCAAAAAGUUGGAGAUUUGUUGGUGUUGGCGCCGAGAAAAAGAAUGGUGCUGUGGGUUCCUCGAGUGGCAAUGCUGAUAUAAAACCAGAUCCUGGUGUUGACUCUUCUCCUUUCCCUGCCACUGCCAAUGUGGGAGAGACCUCAAGGGGUAAAAGACCAAAAGAUGAAGAUGAGAAUGACGAGUAUCCAGACUUUGAUGACAGAGGGAAACGGCUAAGACCAGAAGAUAUGGGAGAGUCAAGUUCGUUUAUGGAACCCCCAUGGAUGGAAGACGAGUCAAAAGAGGACACAUACGAAUUCCCCAGUGAAAUGCAGCCACGUCUGUCUCAGAGGCUUAGCUCAGAUGUAGCCAGACGACCUUAUUUCUUCUACGGAAACUUAGGUGAACUAUCUCCUAAGUGGUGGUCCAAGAUCUCAACCUUCUUGUAUGCAAUUCACCCUGAACAUGUAGAUACACGGCUGUGUUCAGCGCUCCGUAGGAGAGAAGGGUACCUGCACAAUCUUCCGGUCGAGAACCGGUUUAACAUCCUCCCAGAGCCACGGUUAACUAUGCAAGACGCAAUGCCGCAUGUGAAGAGCUGGUGGCCACAAUGGGAUGUCAGAAAGUAUCUGAACGACGGUGCGUUUUCUGUGACUAACGAUGCAACUCAUCUGUGUGAACGAAUUGGACGCUGUUUAGCUGGAUGCAGGGGGAGGCCUUCUCAGCAAGAACAGACUCUGAUACUUCGACACUGUCACAACUCAAAUCUUAUUUGGAUUGCUCCAAACAUCCUCUCACCUGUAGAGCCUGAGCACUUAGAGUGCAUCAUGGGAUAUCCAGCAAACCACACGAACAUAGCUGGUGGGAAACUGGCUGAAAGAUUGAAGCUGUUUGAGUCAUGUUUCCAGACAGACACAUUGGCUUACCAUCUCUCUGUGCUGAAGAGUAUGUUUCCUCAAGGGUUAACAGUUUUAUCGCUCUUUAGCGGGAUCGGUGGUGUGGAAAUCGCGUUGAACCGCCUAGGAAUCCAUCUGAAAGGUGUAGUCUCUGUUGAGCACUGUGAGCUGAGCCGUAAAAUAGUGAAAAGGUGGUGGCAGACUUCAGGACAAACCGGAGAGCUUGUGCAGAUUGAAGAUAUCGAGAGGUUAAGGACAAUUAAGCUGGAGAAUUUGAUAGAGAGGUUUGGGGGAUUCGACCUGGUGUUUUGUCAAAACCCCCCAACGCCGCUUGACCUCUCUAAAGAAACCUCAGGAAGAGAAGGAACAUUUGAUUACUUGCUGUUUAACGAGAUUGUUCGUAUCUUAAAACGUGUCAAUGACAUGAUGGGUGAAGUUGACCAAGAGCCUUGA